GGUGACGGGUCGGCCCGGCCGGCGUCGCGGCCCGACUUCCUGUUUGCGACGCUCCGCUUCCGGGUCGGCGCUCCAUGGUUGCCGUAGGGGCCGCGGCGCUGCCCUAGCCGCGGCGCAGCAGCGGGGAGCGCCGGGCGGGGCCGGGGCGGCCGCCGUCGCGGCGGCAUAGAGCGCCGGGGCCGGGGGAGACGCGCGGGGAGGCGGCGGAGGCGGCCCCCGCCGCGGCCCGGACAGCCCCCCCCCGGCCGGCGCCGCCCGGCCGAUGCGGCGGGCGCCAUGGACAAGAUCCUGGAGGGGCUGGUGAGCUCGUCGCACCCGCUGCCGCUGAAGCGGGUGAUCGUGCGGCGGGUGGUGGAGUCGGCGGAGACGCCGCUGAGCCAGGCGCAGUGCCGCGCCAUGUUCGCGCUGAGCACGCGGCUGGUGCUGCAGGGCCCCGACCCCUUCCAGCGGCAGGUGGGGCGGCAGGUGCUGGAGGCCUACGGCCGCUACCACCGCGCCGAGUUCGAGGCCUUCUUCAACCGCGGGCUCGUCCUGGGCCUCCUGCAGCGCGGCUACGGCCAGCUCAGCGGCCGCGACCCCGCCAUCCUCGACUACAUCCAGGCCGGGCUGCGCCUCAUCAUGAGCUGCCCCUCGGUGCUGGAGCUCUUCGAGCUGCUGCAGGUGGAGGCGCUGCGGCUGGUGUGCGAGCGGCCGGCGCCGCCGCUUUGCGCCCGCCUCUGCCAGCUGCUGGGCGACUUCCCGCAGUGCCUGCCCCGCGGCAGGAAGCUCUCGCUCGCCUUCUGCCAGCAGCUGGUGCGCAGCAUGGCCCACUUCCAGAGCCAGGGCAGCCGCGAGGCCGAGCUGCGCCUCUACGUCUCGCAGGUGAUGCAGGUGAGCGGGCUGCUGCGCAGCGUCUGGAAGGCCGAGCCCGACACGCUGUUACCCUCCCUGCAGGAGCUCUUCGCCGUCAUCUCCGCCGCCGAUACUUCAUUUGAACCUUCUGUUGCACUGGCAAGUCUUGUACAGCAUAUACCAUUACAGAUGAUUACAGUACUCAUCAGGAGCCUUACUACAGAUCCAAACGUGAAAGAUGCAAGUAUGACUCAAGCUCUGUGCAGAAUGAUUGACUGGUUGUCCUGGCCUCUGGCUCAGCAUGUGGAAACAUGGGUGAUUGCACUGCUGAAAGGACUAGCUGCAGUCCAGAAAUUUACCAUCCUCAUUGAUGUCACUCUGCUUAAGAUUGAAUUGGUCUUUAAUCGACUUUGGUUUCCUCUAGUGAGGCCUGGUGCCCUUGCUGUCCUUUCCCACAUGUUACUUAGUUUCCAGCAUUCUCCAGAGGCUUUUCAUUUGAUUGUCCCACAUGUGGUCAGUUUGGUUCACUCCUUCAAAAGAGAUGGCUUGCCUUCCAGUACAGCUUUUUUGAUGCAGCUGACUGAGUUGAUACACUGUAUGAUGUAUCAUUAUUCAGGAUUUCCAGAGCUCUAUGAACCCAUUCUGGAAGCUAUUAAGGAACUGCCCAAACCCAAUGAAGAGAAGAUUAAGUUGAUUCUCAGUCAAAGUGCCUGGACUUCUCAAUCCAGUUCUUUGCCAUCUUGUUUAUCUAGACUUUCUGGAAAAUCUGAAACUGGGAAGACUGGUCUAAUUAAUCUAGGAAAUACUUGUUACAUGAACAGUGUUAUUCAGGCACUUUUUAUGGCUACAGAUUUCAGGAGACAUGUUUUAUCUCUGAAUCUAAAUGGAUGCAAUUCACUAAUGAGAAAGUUACAGCAUCUUUUUGCAUUUUUGGCCCAUACCCAGAGGGAGGCAUAUGCUCCUAGAAUUUUCUUUGAGGCUUCCAGACCACCGUGGUUUACUCCUCGAUCUCAGCAGGAUUGCUCAGAAUAUCUCCGGUUCCUACUAGACAGGUUGCACGAAGAAGAGAGAACCUUGAGAGCACUGUCGUCAGCAAAGACUGCUGAAAGUAUAAUCAAUGAAGACUCCCAGACACAAGAAACUGUCCAUAAAGCCCAGCUGUUUGCUGAAGCACCUUGUAUGGGAAGUGAAGAGAGAACUUUGAUAGAGAAAAUGUUUGGAGGAAAACUCAAGACCAGUAUAUGCUGUUUAAACUGCAGAAGUACUUCUCAAAAGGAAGAAGCUUUCACAGAUCUCUCUUUGGCUUUCUGUCCUCCAGCUUCCUUGGAGAAUUUUGGCCCAAAAUGUAUGGAACAUUCUGAAGUGAAAGAUGAUUAUGUGGUGCAGAGUUGUACUCUAGCAUCCAAUGCUGCUGAAGAAACAACUCUCAAUAAUUUGGAAGUAAAUGGUGGAUGUGACACAAUUAUGAAGGAAGGAACCAUAAAAAAUUCUUCUACUGAGCCAAACUCUGAGACUACUACAAAUUCCGAACUCAACAAAUUUCAAGAUAAUAGGGAUAUAUCUCAGAGGCUAGUAGGUAAAAAUACUCCGUCAGUCACAGACUUACUGAAUUAUUUUCUGGCACCUGAGAUCCUCAGUGGAGACAACAAGUAUUAUUGUGAAAAAUGUGCCUCUCUGCAGAAUGCGGAGAAAACUAUGCAAAUCAUUGAGGAACCUGAAUACCUCAUUCUCACUCUUCUGAGAUUUUCAUAUGAUCCAAAGUGUCAUAUAAGGCGCAAAAUCUUGGACAAUGUGUCUCUGCCACUUGUUUUGGAACUGCCAGUCAAAAGAGCAACAUCUCCUCUAGCUGUAGUUUCAGGAGGUUGGUCUGUUGAUGUUGAGAUUUCUGAUAUUGGAGAAAAUCUUGCUAAAAAACUGAAGCCCUCAGGUGCUGAUGAAGUGGCCUGCCCACAGCUGGUGCCCUACAUGUUAAGCUCUGUGGUGGUGCACUCCGGUGUAUCCUCUGAAAGUGGACAUUACUAUUCUUAUGCUAGAAAUGUAACUGGUUCAGGUCCCUCAGGACUGUGCCACCAGUCUAAAGCUCUGUCUUUAGUUUCUCCCCAGAAUAACUUGUUGGCAGAGGAGAGUCCUUGUCCUAUUGUAGAAAAUGAGCUAGACACUGAGAUGCCAAAAGAAUGGUUUCUGUUCAAUGACAGCAGAGUGACAUUUACCUCAUUUCAGUCAGUCCAGAAAAUUACCAGUAGAUUUCCAAAGGAUACUGCUUAUGUUCUGUUUUACAAAAAGCAGAAUAACACCUGUGGCUUCAGCACCAAUUCAGCAAACGGACUCUGGGUAAAUGGAGACCCUCCUCUACAAAAAGACCUAAUGGAUGCAAUUACAAAAGAUAACAAACUAUACUUGCAGGAGCAAGAGCUUAGUGCUCGAACACAGGCACUUCAAGCUGCCUCAGCCUCGUGCUCUUUCCGACCCAAUGGAUUUGAUGACAACGAUCCCCCGGGAAGUUGUGGGCCGACAGGUGGAGGGGGUGGCGGGGGGUUCAGUACUGUUGGUAGAUUGGUCUUUUGACUCUGAAGACAACCUGGAAUACACUGGUUCCAAAGCAGCUUGUUACUGCUGAGGACAAUUAAAAUAUUGAACUUUGUCAAAUAUUGUACCAUGUUUUGAGACUUGAUCCUUGUUCAAUAACAAAUGUUGGGGUGUGGGGUUUUUUUGUUUUGUUUUAUUUGAAAUAAAUAAGCGCAUCAUGGAAAAAAACUACCUCUUAAAAAUUCAGUUGCUUUUAUAGAAAGAUACGCUUGCCCAAAAGAGAGAAAUGAAGAUUUUUAAGUGGUUUCUAAUGACACUGCAUUAAACUAAACAAAUGCACUUACAUCAGUUUGUAUCAUCCCUAUCCACUGAAUGAAGAAAGCUCAUUUUUUGCUCUGACAGUGUCGCUUUAUGUGGAGAUCCUUUCAGGUGGGCUGGAAUGACGUACAUAGUCUCCUACUCCAUUUAAAAAUCUGGUACCUUUAAGGAUUUCCAGAGAUGAUGCAAUCUUAUAAUGAAGGCAAUAACUUAAAAUGUGACAUGAAACUACUUUCCAGAAUAAAAGAAUAUUCAAAUUCAAUAUAUUUCCAGUAUAAAUAUAAAGAAUAAAAAAUAAUUUAUAAAUGUUUGCUAAGUCAUUUUCCAAAAAAAUGCAUGUUCUGUAGGAGCACUGUUUUUAAAUAGAAAUUGUUAACUUUGUAGCAUUUUUAAUUGUUUUGAGUAUUUUAAAAAGAUUUCAGGGAAUACAUCUGCUGUGUAUUGAAAGGAAGAGAUUCUGUAUGUGCCUUGCAGUACUGUAACUUAAACUUUUUGAGGCUGCAGAAAGGGGAACUAUUGUUAGUAAACAAUUUUGUGUUGUCAGUAUUAGAAAUCAACACAGUUUUGGAAAGCUAGUAUAUUUCCAGAAGUAAAAUCUGGUAGUUAUAAAUACAGUCAGUUUGUUCAUUAUUUUGAUUCAAAUAAAUAUAUCUAGUGAGCUACAAUUUUCCUGGCUUACAUUGCCAAGAGAAAACUGGUCACAGGUGUUGAGCCGUAUUUGCGAAAAGACAAAUAGGCUACCUGUAUUGAUUCUAGCUGAGGAUCUAUGCUCUUAAGUAAGAAGCCUUUGAAGUUCUUGCAUAAAAAUCCUCAUUGAAGACCAGUGAGUUAAGCACCAUGUUGCUCAUAUGCCUUCUGAUUUUGCUUGUAGUGAGAAACUUCUGGUGAGUUCAGCUUUUAACUGUCUCUGGAAGAUCAAAAUGAUCUUGUCUAUGGAGCAAUGUUUGCUUGUUUAUUAGGCCGACAGAGGUUUUAGUCUUGGCAGAAAUAGAAACUUGAUGUUUUGGAUGUGCAAUGAUGAUAACAGAGGUAAAGGGGUUACACUGUUGAAUCUGGUGAUUAAUUUUUAACUUGAAUAAUAUUCUAGUGAAGUGUAAAUUUAUUUAAAGUAUUUUUACAAAGUUGUCUUCUGUUCUGCUGUGUUUUUUUUUUUUUAAAUUCUGCUAAGUGGCAAAGUACAUCCUUACAAAGCAUGCUAACCUUGCAGGUGAUAGUUUCACUGUGCAAAAUAAAGAGAUUUCUCAGAAAAUUCCUUUAAAAAGCAGAAAACAAGUUGAGAAAAUGUAACCUUGUUCAUAUGGUAUCAAAUACAUGGAUUGUAGUCUGAAAAGUAACUUAGCUUUAGAACUGUUUUUAUAUUAAUACUUAAACUAUGUUAUUUGCUUUGCUGUAUGUUCAGACCUUCUUACUGCUGAAGAAAGUUAGAACAGCCGUUUUAUUUAUUUUUUUAUUCUUUUUAAUUGCUUCCCAACUUUGUUUUGACAGUUCAUAGUACCUUGGCUUUGACCUAUGCUUUCAUUGCCUUUUCAGUUCUAGGUCUCAAUCAGAUGUUCAGCUGUGGAAAUUUGGAAUGUUAUGAAACUAGCAUGAAGAACAAUCUCAUUUCAUUUGCUGGGGUGAGGUCUUUUUGAAAGCUCACUUUGCCUUGAGAUUCUGUAAUUUUCAGAGUAAGACGGUUUUUUAUUUCCUCUUGGGCUUCUCUGCUGGAUAGUUCUGGUUUUUAAAAUGUUUUUAUGGCAAGUUUCAUUUGGGGCUUUUUCCAAGUUAUGGGAAGGACCCACCAGAAAGCUGUCUAGUUUUUGCAUUAUAAUGGGAGUAUUUUGUUUCUCUAUCACUUUAGUGUUCAUUUUAAAACACCAGUAAGUAGAAGCAGGAGGAACUGUUUUUACUCUAUAUGAAAUCACAAUUUUGUAAAGGUCAGUUUUGUUUUUCUGUUUUCACAGUAAAAAUACAGAUUAUGUAGCCUUCCUAAAAAUAACUUGCGGCAUGAGUUUGUAUACCUCUUGUACUGUAUCUAUUUUGUGAGCUUUUAGAAAGCUUUCUACACCCUUGUUUGCUUGUUCUAAAUUAGGUGUUAAAUAUGGAAAUUUUAUAUCAGAGUAAUGCCAAUAGGGUUGGAUCUGGUUAAGUGUAAAAUGAAAGUAUGUCUCAGCCUGAAGAUAUCUUCUUGUUUUUUUUCCCUGGUUGACUUCUAUUGACCCAGUUAUUUUGGGUCUUACAAAUAGAUUUGAAAAGUCAAAAUAAAUAUUUGCAAGUCUGCCAGCUGACUUAAACCAUCGUAAACAGAUUCAUGCUUGAGAUGGAAAUGUUCACUAAAGCCAGUGAAAGCAGAGGAGAAGUAGUCACACUCAAAAUGUACACUUUCUUUCAUUGUUUCAUAUGAAAUAAUAGUAAUGGUAUUGCAUGCUCCUGUCUCCUGGACCUAGUUAGUAUCAAUGGGGGAUCAAUGUACAUACGGUACUUCAGUUUCUGCCACCUGUGAAUGAAUGCUGGAUGGUUGGUUUGUUUGACCUUUCCAGCUCCCUUCUCAAUUUGUUUUCCAUCUAACUUGAAGCAGUAGAAAGAUUAAAAAAAACAAAAACAAAAAAACCCAUAACACUGUUUCUGAAGCUUAACUUUUUUUGUUGUAUUGAUUCAUGAAGAUAUGCAAUUGUACCAAACUCAAGGAUGAUAUGUUCUUUAAAAUCGUAUUUCCUUUUAACAAGA